AUGAACGCUCUCCUCACCACUUUCCUCGCCACGAUGACGUCCUUAUUAUUUGUCUCGACCCACGCCUCCAAUGUUCGUACCAUCCACCAAUUCCCCAACCCAACAUGGCUCGAGAACAUUGCAGCUAUGCACAACGGAUCGGUUCUCGUCAGUAUCCUCGGUAAACCAGAGGUCCACAUGGUCAACCCAUCGAUCACACCCUCAUCCGACACCCUCGUUGCAAGCAUCCCAGCCGUAAACGCUAUCCUUGGCAUCACUGAGCUCUCAGACAACGUAUUCGCCGUUGCUGUCGGAAACGUCACGCCAGCCAACGUCCCAGUCCUCGGCUCCUUCGGCGUGUGGUCGAUCGACCUGAAGCACAAGCACGAAGCAGCAAAAGUGCAGAAGCUAGCCGACACACCGAACCUGAACAUGAUCAACGGUCUCGCUGCACUCGACCACCGCACUCUGCUUCUCGCGGACUCAUUGGCAGGCAACAUUGCGUCGCUCGAUGUUCGGACGGGCGAGACGGCUAUCUGGCUCGGAGACGAGAGCACAGCGAGUAACGCCUCGGCACCUGGUCUUCCCUUUGGCGUCAACGGCAUCAAAGUCCACAGCGGGCACGUGUACUACACCAACACAGUGCGAAACUCGCUGAACAGGAUCCGCACAUCGUCCAAUGGAACAGCCAUCGGGGACGUAGAGAUCCUGGCACAGGGCGAGGCAAUCUCCGUGCCUGACGACUUUGCCGUUCUGAACGAUGGAACCGUGAUCCAGGCACGGCCCAUGGGCAACGAACUGGUCAAGGUGGGCACAGAUGGAAACAUACAGGUCCUCGCGAAAGUCGCGGGCGUCACUGCUGUGGCGAUUGGGAGUGCGCACAGGGAUACGACGACUGCCUAUUUGAGCUCCAUGGGUGGAUUCAGCGCUGAUGGCAGUGUCGAGAGCGGCGGAAUGGUCCUUGCGCUGAAGCUGGAGUGA